AUGUCAAGGCUACACGAAGCGAGCCAGCCAUUGAUAGGAGACGGCAGCGAGCGCGCGAAUGCCAGCGAUGUCUCGGGAACAAAGGUGCAAGCCACCAAGCUACGAGCGGCGAUAAGCUCGAUCGAUCCGGUCAACGACAUUUCUCGUAUAGGCUCCAUCCCAUGCGCACGCGCGAGCUUGCUCAUAGGCAUGGCUACCGCCGCCGGAGUAGCAGGAAUCAGCCUCGUCGCCGGCCGAGGCUUGCGGCGCGGCUUAAACUGGGGCGUCGGCUCGUUCUGUUUCGUCUCGUUGGCUAGCUGGGAAAUGUGCAGGAGGAAUCUCAAGGCCGAACAGAUGAGAAUCAAGACGGUCAUCGAGAGUUACAAGAAGAGUAGCAGAGCGGGUCAGCCUAGCGUGACGGAAAGGGCAUCGCUCGAGAAACAGCACCAGGAAACAUGA